UUUUCAAUUGAGUUGCACAAGUUAUAGGUAACAUUAAUGAGGAAAAACGUUUUGGAAUGAUUUAUCUUGGUUUCCUUUUGAUAACAAAAACCUGGCUUUUGAAGAGAGGUGUGUCGACCUUUUUUUUUAUAUCCACUGCUUUGCAGCAUUACCUUUCUUUACUUUCCAUAUUUCAUCAAAUAGUGGUCGGGCUUUGACAAGACGGCACGCCCCAAAGAGUCGCCACGCCUCCCUUUUCUUAUCAGAGGGGGGGAAAAGCAUCGACUGUUAUUACCUGUAAACACACGGUCAUUAAAUAAUGAUGUGUUCAGCCUUUUGCUGAUCUCUGUUGCUAAUCAAAUCAGCAGCACCUACUGACGCACAUAACCGUUACGCACAAGUUACACACUUGAGUAGUUUUUUGUUUUGUUUUUUCACGGAAUACUUCAUCUUACUCAAAUAAUUAGUUAGAGGACUACUUUUACGUGAGUCAUAUUACUCUGACGUAACGUCACUCUAACUUGAGUUCAAUUUGUGGCUACUCCAUGCACCUCUGUCUAAAUUGACGCAGUUAAGCAAACGCGAGUAUUUGCGACCGGGCUCUGCCACGAAUAGUGAAAAUCAACAAGUAUUUGGGGGGAAAACAGAUUUACAACUGCCAACAGAUGAUUAAAGAUGGCGGUAAAGCAUUUUUUUUGGGGUGUAUUAUUAUUAUUAUUAUUAGGCAAAGCUGUGGCCUGAUUAAAUUAAACUUCUGUCGUCACUUCAGCAUUCUCGGCACCAAGAUGCCACAAGGGCACCAAAACACUCAUUUUAUUGCAGAUUUGUCUUUGGUUGAAGAACAAAAACAGCUCAUAAAAACAAACAAGCUGUAUAGUAGUUGAGUAUUGUUUCUGUGUGCUAAUGUAUUCAUAGAUUGUGUCCCGACUCUCUCUCGUUACACGAGCCUGCACCGGGUGUCGGGUCGCACGACCCGCUUUGAUUAUUCAUGACUCAGCAGGUGUCGCGGUCGCCCCCGCGACUGCGCGGAGAGGCGGCUCGUCGCCGCGGUCCCGUGGGCACCCGCGAGGACGGGCCCCUCGUCGCUUCAGGCCCUGCCCCUCCCAUACGACACACGCACACGCAAAGGUACACUUGCUCUCCGAUGAUUUCCACGACGUCCAGCAGCACAGCCGACAUGGUGACGCAGGGUAAACUUGAGAUCAACCCCAUGGAUGUUGUUGAAGAUAAAACGUCAGGCAGACUGGGAUGCUUCGGGUGGAUUUUGGUGGUCAUUUCGCUCCUCUUCAUCGGGGCCACGUUCCCAUUUACAUUAUUUAUGUGUGUCAAGAUAGUGAAGGAGUACGAGCGAGCGGUCAUCUUCAGACUGGGCCGAAUCGUGGACGGGAAAGCCAAAGGACCCGGGCUUUUCAUUGUGAUCCCUUGCACGGAUAACUUUGUGAAAGUCGACCUGAGAACCGUCUCCUUUGACAUUCCGCCACAAGAGAUUCUGACCAAGGACUCUGUGACGGUGUGCGUGGACGGCGUGGUGUACUUCCGCAUCCAGUGUCCAAUCUCGUCGGUGGCCAACGUGACCAACGCGCACUCGUCCACGCGGCUGCUGGCUCAGACCACCCUGAGGAACGUGCUGGGCACCAAGAACCUGGCCGAGCUGCUGUCGGACAGGGAAGGCAUCUCGCUCAGCAUGCAGGAAGUCGCACCUCAGGAAUCCUUGGACGAGGCCACGGACGCGUGGGGCAUCAAGGUGGAGCGCGUGGAGAUUAAAGAUGUCAAGUUACCUCAGCAGCUGCAGAGAGCCAUGGCCGCCGAGGCGGAGGCCAGUCGGGAGGCCCGCGCCAAGAUCAUCGCCGCCGAGGGCGAGAUGAAGGCGUCCCGUGCCCUGAAGGAGGCCUCGCUGGUCAUCGCCGAGGCUCCGUCUGCCCUACAGCUGCGCUACCUGCAGACGCUCAACAGUAUCGCCGCCGAGAAGAACUCCACCAUCAUCUUCCCGCUUCCCAUCGACAUGCUGCAGAGCUUUUUACCGAGGAAGUGAGGAACUUCGACUUUUAAAAGUAACCUGAAGUAACAUGAAAUUAACCUUCAUUGGGGCCUCGAGCACCAGGCCGUCUGUUUAUUCUUCAUCUUAUAACCAAUUAAUUGGAUUUUUCGAGGCCUGGAAUCUCACCAAUGUAUCAUGAUGAAAAUGUUUGUACACUACAUGACAACUCAGUAGCGCCCCCUGGAAAGUGAGGAAAAAAAUGAGUCCCUCUCACAAGUUUCACCCAUCAACACGUAAUCAGGUGGACAUGUCUAUUACUACAAGACGUACAAAAAAGUCUCAAGGACCCAUACGCUAAACUGAACAGCAAGUCGGCCAUUUUGGGUCGAAUUGUACAGUCGAGACUGCUUGUACUUUGACAAAAUCUAAGGAAUCCAGGAGAACUCGUAUCCUGGUAAAAAUGUAUUUUAGGGGUCCCCCAACACGACGGCCAAAAGUCACUCAUUUGUCGUCCUUGGAAAGCCCCGACAUCCGUUUCACCAGUCGACAUGUAACUGGGCGGACGUGUCUAUCGUAACAGGACACACGAAAAAGUCUCAAGAACCAACGCUGAAAAUUGAAUAGGAAGUCGGCCAUUUUGGUUUGAAACGGCCAUUGCGGGGGCUCAAAAUUGUUAAUCAUUUUUGCCGAUGCAAUCUAAAGUGGGCAUAUCAUAGUGGAAACAUUUGAUGAUCAGUUUGAGGAUUCACUGUAAUAAAGGGGAUGCAAGUGCCCGUUUUAUCUUCAAAUGUCUUUUUCAUCUCUUUUUUGUUUUUGUUUUUUGUUUCUUUAAAAGUGGCUGACUUAUGUUCACACAUUGUCCGUGUAGCUAAUCAGGGUAUUUGUGAUACCGACAGUUAAAUUUCCAUGAUUUCCGAAGGGAAUAUUUUAUUUUUUUCCCUCGAAAACCGAACAUUAUUGAGGUUCCACUCUAAUUAAAAACGUACACACCCAUAUUAAUUGCCAAUAAUGAUGAAAUUCUGCAACAAAAAGAGGUGAACGCUAAUUAUAGCACCAGCAUAGUUUCGUAACAGCACCCUGAUUGGUUUCCAUAUUAUUACAUAAUUUGUACUGAGCUUAUAUAUAAACACGUGUACUGUAUUCAAAGGUUUAUCUCCGCUCAGUUAUUUCCUCUUGUGAUUUAAUACUCGUGUACAAAGUGCAAACAUGUACAGUGGAGACGAUGCAAAUAUUUACAGUUCUGCUGGAGUACCAAUGAAAAAGAAAAUAAAUAUGAAUCACAAAAAAUGCACAAGGACAUGCUUUUUACACAACAAAUCCUGAGGCUGUCAGCGAUGACGAUGAGGAGCUUGCAAAAUACUAGAAGGACCACGUUGAAAAGAACAACAAGAGGAAACUAACAAGAAAAAGCGACAUAAUAUUACAAGAAUAAAGUCGUGAUAUUACCUAGCAGGGUCGUAAUAUAGUUAACAAAGAAAAAGGUUGUAAUUUGACUGGUUAAUGGCGUGGAUGUCAAAAUUCCCACACCAACAAACACAACACAACGACUUGAGUUGAAACGCAAGUACCGGUAUUUGUUUUUGCCCGGAAUAUUGCACAUUUCAUUUUAAUGCUUUUAUUCCCAUAAAAGUAAGAUAUCUUUCUCAUAGUAUUACAAUGUUAUUCUUCUUCUUCGACUUAUUUUAAAAUGCAAUUGUAGUUGUAGUUUUUCUCAAAGCAUUACGACCAUUCUCGUAAAAAUGAUGACUCCACAUAUAAUUGUUUUUUAUUAUGGUAAUAUUGCAACGUUAUUCCUGUACAAUUGUGACCAUUGUAAUCAAAUUAUGUUUUCUUGUUUUUUGACGUAAUAUCACAACUUUUGUUCUUGUGAAAAUUGCAAUAUUUUUUCAUGUCAGUUUUCAACUUCAUUGUUUUCUAUCCCAUUUUGGUCGUUGUAAGACCAUUAGUCCUGUAAAAUUAUCACUUUUAUUUUCACAAAUGCAACUGUUGUACAUUUCUUGUUGUUAUAUAACACCCACAUUCUAGAAAUAUAGCCACUUUGUUUUC